AUGGACCCGAGACAUACAGCUGCGCCGAGCUAUCAUUUCAAGAAUUGCGACCAUCCGCCCGAGAGAUCCCCACGCGCAAUGCCCGAUUCGCGAUUCUCAUCACACGGCCCGUUACCCAUACCUUCUCGACCUGUCAUGGAUGCUGCGCCCCCUCCGCUUCCACCACCACCAAGAAUCCGGGAUUUGGAAAAUGGUUAUGAUGCUGGCUGGCUCCAUGCGAACUGCGAAAGACCUCCCACUGCGCUUCCUCCAAUAAAUCCGAAUUCAAGCUUGUUCGGAGGACACCGACGGACUGAUUCUGCUACGCGGGGUGAUCCGAUGGUGGUGGAUGAGCUUGAAGGGAGGCAAAGUGGCUUUCCCUUAUCGAGGAGUCCAGAAGCCCAGAUUAAGAUUGAGCCGCCUCCGCCCACAGAGGAUGGAUUUCCCAAUUCCAUGUCCGUCACUUCUCCCUCGGGUCCAAUAUUAAAAGGGGAGCGUGACUUUUCGUUACGAAGUGUCAAGGAUUCAUCCAAUGCAUAUGACCAACAUUUACUGUCAAAAAUUGGAAAUUCAUUAUCCCCUCGAGGCUCCAUCAGUCAUGGAUCCGAUCACCGAGGUUCGAUUUCAUCACUUACCGUCCCGUCUCGUUCACCUAGCAAUCUUCCCUCGCCAGGACCGUCAGAGGGAUCUACGCUCGAUGUAAAAUGGUCUUAUAGUCCUCAGUCGGGAGGGGUAUCCCCAAGAUCAAGCGUUGGCUGGAGAGAUUAUAUCGACGGAGGUCGAAGUCCAAGUGUGGAAAGCACUGCGCCUUCAUCGGCUUUAGAGUACGACUACAUGCGCGAUGUGGGUCGAAGGCGUCAUCAUAAAACUACCUCGAUGGAAGAUAGCAUCAGUUUACCGAGUCGAUCGAACCGUGGGAGUUACGACCAAGGCGUUUUCUCUGAUAUCGAAGGAGACUUUGGAUCGGACGAACCGACACUUCCUCGAGCAUACCUGGAUGAGCCAAUGCCCCCACAGCAAUUUAUUCUCCGAGAACCGACUCCGCCAUACCCUGAUCGCUCAAGGCAGGGUAUGAAACGGAGAGCUUCCUCUCCGCCACGAGAGCCGCUCACCGAUGAUCGUCAUACUUUACAUGCAGCAACCAGCAAUGGAGAUUUGUCGCAACGGAGGACUAGCGGACAGCCGUUCACAAGUAGCUUGACGGUUAACAGCACAUAUGUCUCAAGUCAACGAACCUUGUCCGCAGCAUCAUCUUUGAGUAUUCGAACCUCAGGAUCUUACUCCUCUAUUGGGGGUAGUAGCAUGACAAGCCUUUCACCAUACGAUCGACCAUCUCCUGGAGGACUUUCGCCGUGUUCAGAUCUCGAUACCUUCCAUGAAAAGUCGAUUUUGAACCCCAGCUCUCCCAUUUCGGUGGCUCAGCCCAUGCCAAGGGCCGUACUAGGUUCAAACACCCUCGAACCACCCGCUACAGAUUCCACCGGCAAGGUCCCAAUGCCAGCAGCUAGCGUACCAAAACCCACCUCAAAAAUCAGCGGUCUAUUCAUAUGCGACUGUUGCCCUAAAAAACCAAAAAAGUUCGCCAACCCGGAAGACCUCCGCGCUCACGAAAUGGAAAAACAAUACUCAUGCCAAUACUGCAACAACCGCUUCAAAAACAAAAACGAAGCAGAACGUCACCAAAACUCCCUCCAUCUCCGCCGCCAUUCCUGGUCCUGCGCGGCCCUCCCAGCCUUCCAAGCCGCCUUCCACGGCUCUGCAUCUCCAUCCCACCAAACAACCGCCGGUCCCUCGUACGACACUUGCGGGUACUGCGGUGAGGAAUUUGCGAACUUCCCACGCCCAGAUUGGGAUGCUAGAUUCGAGCAUCUGACCACAAUACACAAGUUUGGCGAGUGCAAUAAUGCGAAGAAAUUCUUCCGUGCGGAUCACUUCCGCCAGCAUUUGAAGCAUAGUCAUGCUGGGACUAGUGGGAAGUGGACGAAUAUUCUGGAAAAUGCCUGUAUGAAGGAUGAAAUCCCCCCCGAGCCGAGGGAUAAGGGCAAUGGGUUGGCGACGAAUACGAUCGAAGAGGUUCUUGCUGAGCAGUGA